UAUCGCCUAUGCCGGCCUAGCGCCUCGAGUCGGAGUUCUCCUACUUUUCCGACGCGCGAACACUUGCAACAGACCAGUAGGGGUCGGGCACGUGUGGAAGAAGGACUAAGAUUUAGGUGGAGGAGGUGCGAGCUCCAUCGACCUCGCGUUGCUGGUGGUGGAAGUCUGCAGGAAAACGCUUCGAUUUUCGCUCACCGGAGGCAAAGCAAGAUGACGAAUCCGUGGAAGAUGCCGGAGUUCAGGCGCAUGCUUCCAACCUUAAUAGAAACCCUCGACCCUUCUGGACUACGGACGCGCUGUGACGCUUACGGAAUCAUCACGCCUCGAUUCAAGAAAAGCUUGGCUUCGAUUCGUGACCCGAGCGAUCACAACGAAAAACUCCUGGAUGAGCUGAGAGGUGGAGAUGCAGAUUCGUUCCACAUGUUUCUCAGCUGCAUAAGAGAGUCAGAGACUCACACACGGGUCAAAGAGAUUUUAGCUAAACUGGAACCGCUGGACAUUCAGCAUGUUCCGACAGUACAAGCACCAUCACCAGCAGCUGCAGCCGCUGCUGCUCCCAGUCCGGAAAACAUGUCACGAUGUCUGUGGGAAUUGAGAAGUAUCAUUGACUUUGGAGAGGAGGUCGGCCAGGUGCUAAGCAAGCGGACAUGUGACAAACUUGCGCUGGAGCUGGUCAAAGGAAAAGGAGAACGCAACCCAGACAACUACCGGGACAUUGUUGAGAACUACAUGCACAGCCAUAGACAAUCACCGGCAGAUACAAGCAAUGUGGCGGGUCUCAUCCAGUAUUAUCAGCAGUCCAAGAGGCUCACCGGCAGGGAAUUUGUGGAGAUCAUCCGUAAGAUCGACCACUCGCGUGUUCCAGACAUCGAGGCUAUUUUAUCGGAAGCCGAGUUCAAGGAUACAAAUGCUCGCGCACGGGAGGUACGCUCUUCUCAAGAGACCCCAGCCCCGUCUAGUUCAGAGAUUGCGCAGCCAGCCUCUGCCGACGCGGCAGCAGAUGAGCAGCUUUCUGUAAUGGAGACUGCUGCCUCACGAGAACCACUCUCAGUGCAAGCCACUACACGACAUGAUCCCAAGUGAUCGCCAUGACUACUAUUAUCCACAUACUUGCUAGACUCCUAGACCUCAUGCCCAGGCGCGUGCAAUGCAGGCAAGCACCUUGUGCACAACGCCGUAUUGCAUUCAAGUGCCGCCCAGUAUCGACAAGCCGUCUUGCUUGAAGAAUGUUGACAUGAACCGGAUCACAGCCAGUGUCAGCUCGAGCUGGUGCUGCGGUUACCUACCCUGCACCCCCACUGUUCUCAGCGGGUAGUGCACUGAUGGCAUCUCUGCGGAUUUGCACAAGUGACCUCACCUCACCCGUGAGCCGUACCUAUAUUUACCGAAAAGACACGGCUACUCGGUUGUGCAGGUGCAAAGAGAUCUGUUGCUAUAAUUAUAUACAUGUAGUUGUCUGGUUGCAUACCCUGUGCUGCUAAUUGUGACCUUGCUUGUCUGGCGACCAAGCAUGUUUUGCGCGAUUUAUGUUUGGCUUCCCUGCUCUCCUAUUGAUUUGCUAUUUAAUUUUCAUAAGGGUGUAGUAAAUUUAGUACUUCAGAUUAACAAUGUGUUGCAGCUGCAACUUUUCGCGACGCGACACGCAAUUUCCGUUCUCCUUUCGUUGCGGCAAGGAAAUGCCUGUCGCGUGCAGUCGUACCUGUCGCAGAAGCGGAAGGAAGUUGAACUUGUGCGACAUGCUACGCGCGACGUAUACAAAUGGAGUACUCGUACAGUUUCUGCCGUGGGUGCACGUGCAUAGUACUCAUAGUGCAUAGUACUCUUAGUUUUUGUUUUGUUUUGUUUUUGUUUUGUUGUAAAGACACUUUUAUUGGACAUGUACAUGCAGCA